UGCUCUUUGCCUUCUUUCUUCAAUAUAUCCCCUUUUCUUAUCUAUCGUACUACGACCCGUGAUACUUGUGAUACCCGAGAAUCACCACCAAAACUACAAGAUAUAUACUAAUUGCAAAUCACAAUGGCUGACCCUAGACCUGCUCCUCUUCGCCUGGGCUCUACUGCCCCCAACUUCCAGGCCGAAACCACCAAAGGCCCUAUUGACUUCCAUGAGUUCGUUGGUGAUGGCUGGGUCGUCUUCUUCUCUCACCCUGAAGAUUUUACCCCAGUAUGCACCACCGAGCUCGGCGCCUUCGCCAAGCUAGAGCCCGAGUUCACCAAGCGAGGCGUCAAGCUAAUUGGCCUGUCCGCCAAUACUCGAGGCAGCCACGAGAGUUGGAUUACCGACAUCGAUGAGGUUACCGGAGGCCAUGUCGCCUUCCCCAUCAUUGCAGACAAAGAGCGCAAGGUUGCCUAUCUUUAUGACAUGCUCGACUACCAAGACACCACCAACGUUGAUGAGAAGGGGAUUGCGUUCACUAUCCGCUCCGUCUUCAUCAUUGACCCUAAGAAGACUAUCCGCACCAUCCUAUCGUACCCUGCCUCGACUGGUCGAAAUUCGGCCGAGGUUCUGCGUAUCGUUGAUUCUCUCCAGACUGGAGAUAAGCACAAAAUCACCACCCCCAUCAACUGGGUCCCUGGUGACGAUGUCAUCGUUCACCCUAGUGUCAAGAACGAGCAGGCCAAGGAGCUAUUCCCCGAUUUCCGCAUAGUCAAGCCAUACCUCAGAUUUACUCCUCUACCCAAAGACAAAGCUACUGUCUCUUAGGCGCUAGUCGAUGAGCAAUAGGAGAGCUGGGACGGGGACGUGUUACUCAGAUCAGGAAUAUGAUAUUCAUGUGGAGGUCCAUUUAACUGCACUUUUAUCAAUUUCGGCUGAGUAUCAGGCAAGAAAGUCAACGUCUCUUUUUUUGCGCCAUAAUUCAAGAAGAGAAAUAUAAAUCAAUUAAUAAUUGUAUCAAGACAAUCCACUCGUCCUAGACUAGAGUGAGUGAGUGAGCGAGUAGGUGACUGUCCGAUGUUUCCAAAUAAAUAUAUUUCAUAUUGAUAUAACUACAUAGUGUAGAUCUCAGAAUUUUCACAUAAAGUCUAAAACCACGUGCUCGUACUUGGAUGUAUGUAUUUAUAGCCAUCGUUAGAUUUGAUAUGCCGGCUGGAUCAUCAUUAUCAUACACUCAUAUUACCCAUUGCACGUGCUUUAAGAAUGAUGGCGAGAGAAGGGCUAACAAGCCCCUGGGUCUUGGCGACAUGUGCUCUUAAAAAGAUACAUACAUUGAUGUAGGUCAUAUUGUUUAUUAU